ACAGCUCAUACCUUAUUAUUACUUCACUCCACCCCCCCGACACUAGGAAAACAGUAACACAACGCCACAGCAUCAUGGCCAAGGAGCAUCACCGCAAUAUUGUUCAGCUGGUGGCGGACGACUUGGGUCUGAUGCUGGGCUGCUAUGGCCUUCAAGCCAUCAAGACACCUAACAUCGACCGCCUGGCCUCGCAGGGCACGCGGUUCACCCACGCUUUUGCCAGCACCGCCUCGUGUAGCGGCAGCCGGUCCACCAUCUACACUGGCCUACACACACAUCAAAACGGGCAGUACGGGCUCAACCACGGCUGGAACCACUUCCAGACACACGAGCACAUCGAGACCCUCCCGCGCAUCUUCAACGCCUUGGGAUACCAGACGGGAAUCAUUGGCAAGGUCCAUGUUGGGCCCCAUGAGGUAUACCCAUGGGAGUGGUUUGCGCCCAGCCACAGCCGCGAUGUGCUGGCAAUGGCUGAGCAGGCUGGUCAGUUCUUCGACAAGGCUUCCGAGACCGGACGGCAGUUCCAUCUAACGGUGGGCUUCCGCGAUCCGCAUCGCGACGCCACGAGGAUGGGCUUCGGGAACGAAGACAGCGAGGUGGCGGCUAUCACUGUGCCUGACUACCAGCCUGAGGCGGUGGAGAUCCCCGAGUUCAUCAGCGAUGUGCCUGAGCUGAGGCGGGAGCUGGUGGAGUACUACAAGUCCAUCAGCCGCAUGGACGUCGGCGUCGGCAAGAUCUUGGAGGAGCUGGAAGCAAGAGGCCUCUCGGACAACACGCUCGUCAUCCUUGUCAGCGACAAUGGCGCUCCUUUUGUCAACUCCAAGACAACCCUAUACGACGCCGGCGUUAAACUCCCUCUCAUCGUCCGCCAGCCAGGCGCCAAAGCCGGCGUUGUCAACCCUAACCUGGUCUCCUUUCUCGAUAUUCUGCCAACCUGCAUCGACUGGGCUGGUAACCCGUCCUUCCAGACGGCCCAGAGCGACACCUCGCCCCCAAGGCUGGGGACCUCUUUUCUGCGCAUCCUCGAUGUUGACGAGAUUCUUCCCAAGGACAAGUGGAAGCAGUACAUCUUCGGCUCGCAUACCUUCCACGAGAUCCAGAAUUACUGGCCCACGCGCUUCAUGCGUGAUCGCAAGUACAAGUACCACCGCAACAUUGCCUGGCGGCUCGACUUUCCCUUUGGCACAGACUUGUACGGCAGUCUAAGCUGGGAGGGCAUCCGCAACAGCGUAGUACAACCAGAAGCCGUGGCCGAGGGUGACACCCCGGAAGUUAUGAUUGGGCGACGCCGCCUCGCUCACUACCUCUUCCGCGGCCCAGAGGAGCUUUUCGACCUAGAGGCCGACCCAGAAGAAGUCAACAACCUAGCUAAGGACCCGGUGCACCAGGCUAUACUGGAGGAUAUGCGCAAGAAGACAGAGGAGUGGCAGUAUAUGACGAGUGACGUGUGGCUCUUUCGGGACGGCGUCAGCGCCAUCACGAGCCAGAAACACCAGAAGUUAGGACUGGAGCUGCCAGAUCGCUUUGAUUUUGAUCUAAAGAAGCCAGGGAAUGUUACCGGCCCUUACUGGGCGCCUCCGGCUGGAGUGGCCGCAAAAGAACAGGGACCGAGUGUAAAUAUGCAGCAAGGGUGACGUACUGUACCGCAACUUUCACAGUAUUCUCGAAAUUAUGCGAGUAGAUAUAUAAAUAUAACCCUGAGCAGCUACAAGUUAUGUUGAUAGUAUAUACUCAUCGAUU